UGCUUACCAUUUCUUCAUCUCCACCAUCUCCUCUCCCUCUGCUGUCUCUUUCUCUUCAAAAUUCACACUUUCAAAUUUCUCCUUAAAUAGACCAUCAACCCACUAGACCAUCUUACUUUAUUCCCACUCUAACCCACCAAAACCACUCCCUCUUCCAGUUCAAUUUCAAUUCUCCUGCUCCUGAUCCCAAUUCCACACAGGGUUCACCCAGUAUAUGCAUUUGGGUGCUUGAGAAUGGAUCCUCCACUGAUCAAUGAGAACUCCUUUUCUGCAGCAAACCCAUUAUCCUAUACCCUUGCUGAGAUGUGGCCCUUCUCAGUCAACCCGGGUUCUGGCCCUAAUGUUGCUAUUGGAGGUGGGUUGGGGCUCAGAAUGGGAAAUCUGGGCGGCUUUGGGGAGAAUUCGGGUCUCCGAGAUGGGUCCAUGGAGGAAUCCACAGUAACUGAGCAAAGCGGUGGAUGUGGAGGGAGGAAGAGGAGGGCCUUAAGCUCCGAGGAUGAGUCUUCCAAGAUUGUUUCCACUACUAGUAGUGCAAAUGACUUGAGUGAUUCAAAUGGAAAACGAAUGAAAACUUCAGGAUCGAAGAAUGGAAAUGGCGAUUCUAAAGCUGAAGUUGAAGGUAGUUCUGCAGCUGGUAGCAAGAAAGAAGAAAACACUAAACCUGAGCCGCCUAAGCAAGACUAUAUUCAUGUCAGAGCCAGGAGGGGUCAAGCUACCGAUAGCCAUAGUUUGGCUGAGAGGGCUAGGAGAGAGAAGAUUAGUGAAAGGAUGAAGAUUCUUCAAGAUCUGGUUCCUGGAUGCAAUAAGGUUAUUGGAAAAGCUCUUGUUCUUGAUGAAAUAAUUAAUUACAUCCAGUCACUGCAACGGCAAGUUGAGUUCUUAUCAAUGAAACUAGAGGCAGUUAAUUCAAAGAUGAGCAUUAAUUCUAUUGAAGGCUUUUAUUCCAAAGAUCUUAGUGGACAGCCAAUUGAUGCUACCGGACUGAUGUUUAGCGCCCAAGCAGCCAGAGAAUAUGCCCAAGGAUUAUUACCCGAAUGGCUGCACAUGCAGGUGGGUGGAGGGUUUGAAAGGAAAGCAUAAUUUUAGAGGAACCUUAUCAUUGUUAUGGAUCAAGCAGCAAGAUUAGUCUGUUUUUCAUCUGUAGUCAAGUAGUAGAAAUUUGUUAUUGGUUACAUCUGAUGAAGAAAUGUGUUCCCACAUGUGAAUUAUUCUUCAAUUUGUAAUAUUAUAUCAUCUGUAGAAAAUUGAUUCUAGUCUCUAUGUGUAUCAUCUGACUGAACAGAGAGUUCUUCAGUGUAUCUGUUCCUAAACAAGUUCUUCUGAAAUGCAUGCAGUUUCUGAGGAUUGUUCCUUCUGCUGUUGUCUUUUUACU